AUGGUCAUCAGGGCAGACACAGGCCUGGGUCUGGACAUCCUGUCCUGCGGGUUGUCCCUACUCUUGUUCCCAGGGAGUGGCGAAGGCCAGGGCCAGAUCCUGCAGCGCUUCCCAGAGAAGGACUGGGAGGACAACCCCUUUCCCCAGGGCAUUGAACUGUUCUGCCAGCCCAGCGGGUGGCAGCUGUGUGCUGAGCGGAACCCACCGACCUUCUUCGUGGCUGUCCUCACUGACAUCAGCUCCGAACGGCACUACUGCGCCUGCCUGACCUUCUGGGAGCCGGUGGAGCCCACCCAGGAUGCUGUGUGCACUGAGGACUCCGUGGGGAGUGAGCCAGCAGCAGAGGAGGGGCGGCCCACAGCCGCCAGCCAGCUCUUUGCUCCGAAGACCCUGGUGCUGGUGUCAAGGUUGGACCACUCCGAGGUGUUCAGGAACAGUCUGGGGCUCAUCUACACGGUCCACGUCGAGGGCUUGAGCGUGUCCCUGGAGAGUGUCAUUGGGAACCUGCUGACCUGCACCAUCCCCCUGGCCGGGGGCUCGCAGAGAACCAUCUCUCUGGGGGCAGGGGACCGGCAGGUCAUCCAGACCCCGCUCACCGACUCGCUGCCCGUCAGCUGCUGCAGUGUGGCCCUACUCUUCCGCCAGCUCGGCAUCACCAACGUGCUGGCUCUGUUCUGCGCGGCACUCACUGAGCACAAGAUCCUCUUCCUGUCCCGGAGCUACCAACGCCUGGCCGACGCCUGCCGGGGCCUCCUGGCGCUGCUCUUUCCCCUCCGNNGCAGCUUCACCUACGUGCCCAUCCUGCCAGCUCAGCUCCUGGAGGUGCUCAGCACGCCCACGCCCUUCAUCAUCGGGGUCAACGCCGCCUUCCAGGCCGAGACCCAGGAGCUGCUAGACGUGAUCAUUGCUGAUCUUGAUGGAGGCACGGUGACCGUCCCCGAGUGUGUACACGUCCCACCCCUGCCAGAACCUCUGCAGAGCCAGACCCACAGUGUGCUGAGCAUGGUCCUGGAUCCAGAACUAGAGCUGGCUGACCUAGCCUUCCCACCUCCCACAACCUCCUCCUCCUCCCUGAAGAUGCAGGACAAGGAGCUUCGGGCUGUCUUCCUGCGGCUCUUUGCGCAGCUGCUGCAGGGCUACCGCUGGUGCCUGCAUAUUGUGCGCAUCCACCCUGAGCCAGUCAUCCGCUUCCACAAGGCAGCCUUCCUGGGCCAGCGGGGGCUGGCGGAAGACGACUUCCUGGUGAAGGUGCUGGAGGGCAUGGCCUUUGCAGGCUUCGUGUCGGAGCGUGGCGUCCCCUACCGGCCCACGGACCUGUUUGAUGAGCUGGUGGCCCACGAGGUGGCACGGAUGCGGGCCGAUGAGAGCCACCCCCAUCGGACCCUGCGGCACGUCAGGGAACUAGCAGAGCAGCUGUAUAAGAACGAGAACCCGUACCCUGCGGUGACGAUGCACAAGGUGCAGCGGCCGGCAGAAGCCAGUCACCUGCGCCGUGCACCACGGCCCUUCCCCCGGCUGGACGAGGGCACCGUGCAGUGGAUCGUGGACCAGGCCACCGCCACGCUGCAGGGCGCACCUCCGGCCGUGCGGGCCGAGAAGAGGACCACUGUGCCCUUGGGGCCCCCCAUGACCGCCAUCCUUGAGAGGAGCAGUGCAUUGCACGCCAACAGCGCGCGCCGGCUGGAGGUGGUCCGCAGCUGCAUUGCCUAUGUGUUCGAGGGGAAGAUGCUGGAGGCCAAGAAGUUGCUGCCGGCUGUGCUGAGGGCCCUGAAGGGCCGUGCUGCCCGCCACUGCCUCACCCAGGAGCUACACCUCCACGUGCAGCAAAACAGGGCCGUCCUGGACCAUCAGCAGUUUGACUUUGUCGUUCGCAUGAUGAACUGCUGUCUGCAGGACUGCACCUCCAUGGAUGAGCAUGGUGUCGCGGCUGCCCUGCUACCUCUGGUCACUGCCUUCUGCCGGAAGCUGAGCCCCGGGGUGACGCAGUUCGCGUACAGCUGUGUGCAGGAGCACGUGGUGUGGAGCACGCCGCAGUUCUGGGAGGCCAUGUUCUACGGGGACGUGCAGACUCACAUCCGGGCCCUCUAUCUGGAGCCCGCUGAGGACCACACUCCCUCCCAGGAGAUGGGGGAGGUGGCCCUGCAGCAGGAGGAGCGGUCGGCGCUGGACGUGGCCUCAGAGCAGCGGCGUCUGUGGCCGACUCUGGACCGCAAGAAGCAACAGGAGUUUGUGCAAAAGGAGGAGAGCACGGUGUUCAGCCAGGCCAUCCACUACGCCAGCCGCAUGAGCUACCUCCUGCUGCCCCUGGACAGCAGCCGGGGCAGGUUCUUGCGGGAGCGUGCGGGCCUGGGUGAGCUGGAGAGUGCCAGCAACAGCCUGGUCACCAACAGCAUGGCGGGCAGCAUGGCGGGCAGCUAUGACACAGAGAGUGGCUUUGAGGAUGCAGAGACCUCCGACGUGGCUGGGGCUGUGGUCCGCUUCAUCAACCGCUUUGUCGACAAGGUCUGCACGGAGAGUGGGGUCACCAGCGACCAUCUCAAGGGGCUGCAUGUCAUGGUGCCAGACAUCGUCCAGAUGCACAUUGAGACCCUUGAGGCCGUGCACCGGGAGAGCAAGAGACUGCCGCCCAUCCAGAAGCCCAAGUUGCUGCGGCCACGCCUGCUGCCCGGCGAGGAGUAUGUGCUGGAUGGUCUCCGUGUCUAUCUGCUCCCCGACGGGCGUGAGGCAGGGGCCGGCGGCAGUGGGGGGGGGCCCGCGCUGUUGCCGGCUGAGGGCGCCAUCUUCCUCACCACAUAUCGAGUCAUCUUCACAGGCAUGCCCACUGACCCCCUGGUCGGGGAGCAGGUGGUAGCCCGCUCCUUCCCGGUGGCCGCGCUGACCAAGGAGAAGCGCGUCAGUGUGCAGACCCACGUGGACCAGUUCCUGCAGGAUGGGCUCCAGCUACGCUCUUGCACCUUCCAGCUGCUCAAGAUGGCCUUUGAUGAGGAGGUGGGCUCCGACAGUGCCGAGCUCUUCCGCAAGCAGCUGCACAAGCUGCGGUACCCCCCUGACGUCAGGGACACCUUCGCCUUCAUUGGGGGAGCCGUGCACGCACCCAGCCGGCCAGCCCGUGCCACCAAGGACAAGGGGCCAUCCCUCAAAACCCUCUCCCGGAACCUGGUGAAGAAUGCCAAGAAGACCAUGGGGAGGCAGUACGUGACGCGCAAGAAGUACAACCCCCCCAGCUGGGAGCCCCGUAGCCAGCCCCCCGACGACGACCAGGAGGACGCCAUCUCAGUGUCGGACGAGCCAGAGCCCAGCACGUUGACCCCCACGUCAGCGCUGAAGCCCUCUGACCGCAUGACCAUGAGCAGCUUGGUGGAGCGGGCGUGCUGCCGUGACUACCAGCGCCUGGGCCUGGGCACGCUCAGCAGCAGCCUGAGCCGCGCCAAGUCUGAGCCCUUCCGCAUCUCACCGGUCAACCGAAUGUACGCCAUCUGCCGCAGCUACCCUGGGCUGCUGAUCGUGCCACAGAGCGUCCAGGACAACGCCCUGCAACGCGUGUCACGCUGCUACCGCCAGAACCGCUUCCCUGUGGUGUGCUGGCGCAGUGGGCGCUCGAGGGCCGUGCUGCUGCGUUCCGGCGGCCUGCACGGCAAGGGUGUCGCUGGCCUCUUCAAGACCCAGAACGCCCCAUCACCAGGCCAAUCGCAGACAGACUCGGGCAGCCUGGAGCAGGAGAAGUACCUGCAGGCCGUGGUUAGCUCCAUGCCACGCUACGCCGACGCCUCGGGGCGCAACACCCUGAGUGGCUUCUCCUCUGCCCACCUGGGUGGCCAUGCUCCCAGUCCCCGAGCCAGGGUCACUACGCUGUCCAACCCCAUGGCGGCCUCGGUCUCCAGACGGACCGCGCCCCGAGGGAAAUGGGGCAGCAUCCGGGCGAGUGGACGAAGCAGCGGCGGUGGUGUUGGCAUGGACGUGGGCUCCCGGUUGGCGGGGAGAGAUGUGCUGGGCCCUCCACAGCCCAAUGGGGCGCCCCCGGACCCCGGCUUCCUGCGGCCCCAGCGUGCAGCCCUCUACAUCAUCGGGGACAAGGCUCAGUUCAAGGGUGUACGUCAGGACCCUUUGCAGCAGUGGGAGCUGGUGCCCAUCGAGGUGUUUGAGGUGCGGCAGGUGAAGGCCAGCUUCAAGAAGCUUCUCAAGGCCUGCGUCCCGGGCUGUGCCGCUGCCGAGCCUGGCCCUGCCUCCUACCUGCGUUCACUGGAGGACUCCGAGUGGCUGAGCCAGAUCCACAAGCUGCUGCGCGUGUCUGUGCUGGUGGUGGAGCUGCUAGACUCGGGCUCCUCCGUCCUCGUCAGCCUGGAGGAUGGCUGGGACGUCACCACCCAGGUCGUGUCGCUGGUGCAGCUGCUCUCGGACCCCUUCUACCGCACCCUAGAGGGCUUCCGGCUGCUGGUGGAGAAGGAGUGGCUGUCCUUCGGGCAUCGCUUCAGCCACCGCGGGGCCCACACCCUGGCCGGGCAGAGCAGUGGCUUCACGCCCAUCUUCCUGCAGUUCUUGGAUUGCGUGCACCAGGUCCACCUGCAAUUCCCCAUGGAGUUUGAGUUCAGCCAGUUCUACCUCAAGUUCCUCAGCUACCACCACGUAUCCCGCCGCUUCCGCACCUUCCUGCUGGACUCUGAUUACGAGCGCAUCGAGCUGGGCCUGCUGUAUGAGGAGAAAGGGGAGAGGAGGGGCCCCCAGCCGUGCAGGUCUGUGUGGGAGUACAUGGACCGGCUGAGCAAAAAGACACCUGUGUUCUACAACUACAUGUAUGCUCCCGAGGACGCAGAGGUCCUGCGCCCCUAUAGCAAUGUGUCCAACCUGAAGGUGUGGGACUUCUACAUGGAGGAGAGCCUCGCUGAGGGCCCCCUCUAUGACUGGGAGCUGGCCCAGGAGCCCCCAGAACCCCCUGAGGAAGAGCGGCCGGAUGGCGGAGCCCCCCAGAGUAGGCGCCGUGUGGUGUGGCCCUGCUAUGACAGCCGACCCCGUGUCCAGCCCGACGCCAUCUCUCGCCUGCUGGAGGAGCUGCAGCGCCUGGAGACGGAGCUAGGCCGACCCCCUGAGCGUUGGAAGGACACUUGGGACCGGGUAAAGGCUGCCCAGCGCCUGGAAGGACGGCCAGACGGGCGUGGCCCUCCUGGCUCCCUGCUGGUGUCCAGCGUGCCCCAGCACCGCCGCUCGCUGGGCGUCUACCUGCAGGAGGGGCCCGUGGGCUCCACACUGAGCCUGAGCCUGGACAGCGACCAGAGCAGCAGCUCCACGGCUUCCGGCUCACGCCAGGCAGCCCGCCGUAGCACCAGCACCCUCUAUAGCCAGUUCCAGACGGCUGAGAGCGAGAACAGGUCAUAUGAGGGCACCCUCUACAAGAAGGGGGCCUUCAUGAAGCCCUGGAAGGCGCGCUGGGUUGUGCUGGACAAGACCAAGCACCAGCUGCGGUACUACGACCACCGGGUGGACACGGACUGCAAGGGCAUCAUCGACUUAGCCGAGGUGGAGUCUGUUUUUCCUGGCACGCCCACCAUGGGUGCCCCCAAGAACGUGGAUGAGAAGGCCUUCUUUGAUGUGAAGACCACACGCCGAGUUUACAACUUCUGUGCCCAGGAUGUGCCCUCAGCCCAGCAGUGGGUGGACCGUAUCCAGAGCUGCCUGUCGGAUGCCUGACCCCACUCCUACCCUGCUUCCAGUGUCACAGGCCCGGCCAUGUUUACAGCCCCCCCUUGCCCCCUUGGCCCUGACAGUAUUGAGGCCCCGGCCCCCCAGCACUGAGCUUGUACAGUGUCCCGCUCCCAGCCUGAUGGACUUAACUUAUUGGCAGGCCUGGCAGCGGGCAGCCAUGGUACAGCCCCUUGGGGUAUGUAAAUAGUCCCUCGCUGGCCCUGGCCGGCCACACCAUCUGUCCCCAGAAUCAGAGUCUAUAAAGAGAACGGACCAUGUGGUCACACCUGCCCACCUGUGUGCUCCCCACCUGGGUGUCGGGAGCCCAGGAAUGUGUGCCCUCGGCAGUCAGGCUUCGGGGAGCAGCCUGACCAGGGGGAGAAGAGGGUGCAGGGCUUGAAGCUCAAGGCUUGGACCAGCCUGUCCUCUACCUGGAAGGCCACCCUUGGGCAAGGACCUGGCUCUGGGACAGAUGCCAAUGGGGCGGGGGUGGGGGGGUUUAGGGCCCAAACAUCCAAGGGUUCCAGUGGGGGUCUGGGGUACAUGCUCACACAGGGGAGGGAAUGCUGGCUUGAUAGGUCCAGGAUGCAGGGUCAGAGGCCCUCUUCCUGUGUGAGCCCCACACCUAGUACAGUACAGAGUGCCCGGCACACCAGCUCCACUGGGUCCUUGGCCUUUGGUGUUGGGAC